CCUCCUCCUCUCUCCCUCUUCACUCUCCCCCUCUGCGGCUCUAUCUGCUGGCGCUGCAGUGAAUCUCUCCCCCGCUGUCACAAACCGUAAAGUCAGACAGCCGGUGGUCGGUAUCUCACCGUUAAAAGUCACAAACCUCGUUAAAACGUCGUCUGUAUCUGACCGCGUCGAGCCGUUACCGGAGCUUUGAAUUACUCUCCAAGCAGCUUCAGACCCCCCCUGCACCAAAAUGGGAAAUGAAGCCAGUUAUGCCCUGGACAUGUGCUCGCACUUUGAUGCUGAUGAGAUUAAGAGGCUAGGGAAGAGAUUUAAGAAACUCGACCUAGAUAACUCUGGGUCUCUGAGUGUGGAGGAGUUUAUGUCCUUACCAGAGCUCCAACAGAAUCCCCUCGUGCAGCGAGUUAUCGACAUAUUCGACACAGAUGGAAACGGGGAAGUCGACUUUAAAGAAUUCAUCGAAGGAGUCUCCCAGUUCAGCGUCAAAGGUGACAAGGAGCAGAAGUUACGUUUUGCCUUCAGGAUCUACGACAUGGACAAAGACGGCUACAUAUCCAACGGCGAGCUCUUCCAGGUCCUCAAGAUGAUGGUGGGAAACAACCUGAAGGACACCCAACUCCAACAGAUCGUCGACAAGACCAUCAUCAACGCAGACAAGGACGGCGACGGCAGGAUAUCCUUUGAGGAGUUCUGUGCGGUCGUUGGUGGAUUAGACAUUCACAAAAAGAUGGUGGUGGACGUCUGACAAGUUUAUUUUUUCUUCCUCCAUUUACUGAAGAUCUGCUUGAAGACGUCGUCCAUCAAAACGCUCAACGAAAGUAUUUUCUCUGUGAAUCUCCCCUCCUCCCACCGCCUCCCUCCCUCCUCACCCUCCCUCCCCCCCGAGCCUUCUGAAGCCAAACUCUCACCACGUAUUAUCGAACAGGAACUCUCUGUGACUCGUCGCACUUUAAAAGCUGACGGACGGCUUUUUAACGCAGAGCGACGGUUUCAGUUUGGUGGAGGAAAGCUGGAGUGUGUGUGUGUCUUUGAGUGUGUAUGUGUUCUGUAUGUUUUACUGGUUUUUCAAGGUAUGUGGGUUUUUUAUAUUUAUUUUGGUGUCAUUGGGUUUUUUUCUGUGGAGAAUCAAAGGAGUCUAUCUUACAGAGAGUGAACUUUAGUGGGUGAGUGUAGUUAGCGGUGAUGUUACUUGAUUUCAGAACAACACAAACAGCAUGAAGUGCCAACAAGAAUUUAAUGACAUGCAGUUGAAUUACAGGUAAAAAUCUGUGUCUUUAUUUUCGAGAUGUAACUGUAUUAUUGAAUGCAUUUAUCUUACUGGAGUGUUGCAUUAUUUACACUUGAAGAUCUGCUUCAUUUCACAGUCGUGUUCGGCUACAUUUUGUCAGAAAUAAAGAGGGAGAUUGGGCACUACAUGUUUUUAAAGGACAGACUUUGGCUUACAUAAGCGCUCAUAUUUGCUUUUUUUGGCACUUUUGUGUUAAGUUGUAAUAACGAUGUAGAUAUUGACGUGAACUUUAUUUACAAGUCGGAAUUGACUUAUUACAUAACUCUGGCAUGACAUGAACGCAGCAUACCGUCAGGGACGAGCGACUACUGUUUGAGAGUACUCUAUGAAAACUGCUUCACACACGUUUGUAGAUUCACUGCAGAAAUCUCAACACAUAAAACUCUCAGCUUUGUGGAAUAAAAUCUGACUUGUUGCCGUUUGAAUUCAGCCACGAAACGCUUGUCAAGGGUUUUAUAUUUUCUGUAAAUCUGAAGAAAAUUAAAUUAGUAAACCUGCAGAAAUUUAGAUAAUUCUCAUUAAAGUGGAAAUAGACAAGUUUUCCCCUUCCUAGCAUUUCUAAGUUGUCGCAAAGACAGUCGGAUCACUUUCUGUUUUCCUUAGAGACGACCAACGACUGCAGGAUGUGCCGCGCUUUGUUUCCCAAUGUUACUUUGGUUGCAUCACUGUUCACCAUUUCUGCUACUGGGGAUAAUCGCUGCGGAGAACUGAGGAAGAGUUACCGAUAAGCCUCAUUUCCACCAAGCACCGCUUCAUCCGUGUCUGUAAGCGCUCAGAAAACAUGCACAAAUAUGGAUGAAAUUAUGAUCCCAUCUCACAGGCGGUCCUAUUUAUAUAGAUACUGUUUCUGCGCUGUUACUGCGUCCCACGGCGGGUUAAAGGCGAGACAGCUCCCCCCAUUCUGCGAUUGUACCUCAUAUACAAAAUGGCGAGGCGGUGCAAUAGUGUAAAUGGGGCGCAGUUGGCAGGGCGCACCUGACUGCGAUUCUGUGGUUCUAACGGCACUAAACUUAAAGUCUUUGUUUGAAAUGCUGCUAAAGCUACUGGGGGAAACGAAAGCGCCAUCCUCUUCCUGUUUUGGUUGUGCACAAUGGUUGACACGCUUCCUUUGUGAUGUAAAAGAGCCUUCAUUUUACUGGAGGAUCGUACGCGCUGGAAAACAGCACCGCCGUGAAAGCGAAGUUUAUAGGGAACCAAUCUAAACGCAGAUGGUGUCAUUAUUCUACAGCCAUGACAUCGUGCAAUCAACAUUUACGUCAUAAUAAUUAAAAAUGCUUGUCUGUUUCCACUUUACGUCUGCUUUGUGAAAAUUAACUGUAAAGCCACUGAUUGUUGAACUCAGACUCUCACUUCGACUUUUAGUUUUUAAUAAUUCUGUACAAAGAAAGUACAUAUUGUUGUGUUUCUACUCCUGUAAGAUUUCCUAAAAACGAGCUCCAUCAGGGCAGAAUGAGCAGAGACAAGACUGUAAAUGAUUUUGUAAACCAAACACAGUGAUGUUGUGUCGUACUGAACGCAGCUCGUCUGCUUUGGACGUUCACUUCUUUAUACUCCAGCUCUCUUUGGGAAGAAGCGAAGCCGAGGAGGAUAAAAACAGAAUGGCUGUUUAACCGCUAAAAGCUGCUGUACUCAGUGUUUAGUACACUGCCGGCUUUAUUUACUGACGCUCUGCAAAAAGACUUUUCUACCUGAAGCGGAAGACUUGUGAUGUGUUUGCAUGACGUGUGAUCUGAUCUCCUCUUCUUCUUCUUCUUCUUCUUCUGCCCUCGCUCUUUGCAUGUAGAUCAGAUUUUAUUAAAAGCUCUUUAAAGCUUUAUUAAAGGUCUUUUUUCAAAGCUGGUCUCAAAAUUUAAUGAAAUGAGUGAAAUGUCUUGCGAAUGCAAAUAAUCUCCUCUGUGCAUGCUAGUGUAUGUAUUACUGGUUAAGUUUGACCACUUGCAUAUUUGAAUUUUUAUACAGUUACACAAUAAAAUCUACAGUUUUUGGUGCAUGUUCAAUAGAAGUCAUGAAGAAUAGCUUCUUUCAAUAGAACUUUAACCCUUAAAAAAAGUUUCUUUCGCUGUUAUAGUUUCAUAUUUUGAACGUGUGGAAACAUGUCAGGGUUGUGUUUUUAUCAGAUAAUGUGUUCCAUGGUGAGGAUAAGUAAUCUUAGCAUUAUUUGUAUUGUAUUUCAUUAAUUUUGCAUUUCAGAGUUUUGGCUCAUUUCAUGAAAUUCAGUGAGACCGUGUUGUGUUUACAUAUAAAUAAUGGUGAUAAAUAAAUAAAAAAACAUGAACAUUUCAAGCACGUUGAUGUUGCCAAUAAAGGUUUAAACAUAAAAAAAAAAAAUAGAACUGUAAUCUUAAAUGUUUUUUUAGUCGCCUGCCACUCGCUCUGUUUUAGGGAUAAAUCUUGUUUUUGUUUUUUUCUUUAGGUUGAUAAUUUUUUGUUUGUUAUAAACAGUUAAUAUCCUGUUUGUUUAAUCUGAGGUCGGUGCUGAAGAAUCUUCUGUUGGUCUAAAGGGAUGUUUGUGAUGGAGGCCACAUGGACUCAGUCUUAGAUUUUCACUCCUGUUUUCAUCUUUGCUGCAUCACUGAAACUUCAUACAUGGAAAAAUGAGAAAUAAACUGUUUGAAAGUUGUUACA